GGCAAUGCGUUAAGCAGAUGGCAAGUGCUUCAAUGAUUGAAUUUUAAUUUUGGAUGUUUUAACUCUUUUCUGUGAACAGGAUAUUUAAUUUUUGUUGCAUGGAUUAACAAUAAUGACGGAAUAGAUGCAGUUAUGGAGCGAACGUGUGGUCGGUUCAUAAAACACCGUUGGGAGACAAUUUUUGGUAUUUGUUUACUAUGCGCUUCGUACACGGUAUCUCUCGAACUUGCUCAAUGUCGCACCUCCCUGGGAAUGCAGUCAGGGGAAAUCCCAGACUCCGCCAUCACUGCAAGUUCCUCGUAUAACGAUGACAGUGUGGGACCACGCAACGCAAGGAUACGCACAGAGACCAAUGGCGGUGCUUGGUGCCCCAAGCACGUCAUCAAGAGGGACUCGUAUGAAUACCUGCAGAUUGACCUUGGCCGACUGACUGUCAUCACCAUGGUGGAGAUUCAGGGGCGAUUUGGAAAUGGACAGGGUCAAGAGUUUACGGAGGAAUUCCUGUUGGAGUACCAGCGUGAAGACGGCGGGGAGUGGAUGAGGUUUAGAAACAAGCGGGGAGAAGAGCGGUUCGAGGGCAAUGACAACACAUACUCAGCAGAGCUUCGGGAAGUCUCUCCUCCAAUCAUCGGGAAGCGGGUCCGGUUCAUCCCCUACUGUCGCACUCCCCGGACAGUCUGUCUACGGGUGGAGCUCUACGGUUGCCCAUGGAAAGAUGGCAUCGUCACGUAUUCCAUGCGUCAAGGUGACAAGCGCGGGACGGAAGUGGACUUCUUUGAUUUCACCUACGACGGUCUGAUAACGAACAGCUUCCUGCAAAACGGUCUCGGCCAGUUGACAGACGGAGAGGAAGGGGACACAAAUUUCCGCCUCGACCCCCAAGAGCUCGGGAUCAAAGGUUAUGAGUGGGUUGGAUGGAAGAACGACACACUGAUAGAUCCUGGGCCUGUUUCGAUAGUGUUUAAGUUCGACACGGUGCGGAAUUUCUCGUCGGUGACUUUGUUUUGUAAUAACUACUUCACAAAGGAUGUGCGGGUGUUUAAGACGGCGGCGAUAUAUGGAAGUGUUGGGGGAUUGUACUUCUGGCAGAAGGUGGAUAAUUAUCAUUUUAUAAGAGACACUGUGGUGGAGUAUGCGAGGAAAGUGCAGAUAAAGCUUGGAAAUAUGAUUGCCCGUUUUGUGAAAGUGGAUUUGUACUUUGAUGCCAAGUGGAUUUUAAUCAGCGAAGUGCAGUUUGACUCAAGUCCGGUUGCGUUCCCUGGUAACUACAGUGAGGAAUUACCACCCCCAACAACAGUUACUACGGCAACGAGCACUAAACUCAGUAGCAACCGGAUGAAGGAUCCUGAGCUGGAUGUGGAUUUGAGCAAUGGCCCCAGAAUUCAUAUAGGUCAAGACGGCCUUCCAGAUGGUAUAACAGAUUUCGAUGCUAGAAAGGGCUCCGACAAAAAGACGAAAAAUGACGAAAACUACCCACAGCAUAAGCCUGAGGAAAAAAAAUCCUUCGAAGAACAGUACAUCCCUAUAAUCAUUGCAGCUCUGGCCUGUUUGAUUGUUGUGCUCUUUGCCAUCGUGUGUUUCAUCGUGUGUCGCCAUCGACGACGGAAACAGAACAACAACCGUCUUGGCAUGAAACCCGUUGUUGACCACGUGACCAUGAAUAUGAACCAGGUCAACAACACGUUCCACCACACGCUGAGCGGGAAAAUGUCCAACGGGACGAUGUACAAGGGUCUGCCGAAUGAGGAUAUGGACAUGCUGCAUACGUGUAACGGUGCGGACAAAGUUUUAAAGGGUUAUUCUGACCCGAAAGAUUCCAUUCAAGGUCGCAAUUUACCCGACCUCCCCUCCUCUAGUUCUGAAUUGCAAGAUUCUCGUGACUACGCUGUGCCAGACGUCACAAAGUCAGCCCUGAAGGUGGCACUCCCGCCCAUCUACCCGCCCCAAGUCCCCAAGCUCCGGGGCGUGGUUCUUAACCAGCUCGACCUCACCCCACCCAACUAUGAUGCACUGUACGCAGCUGCAGAUGUCGUGCAUCAGCAGAGUCUCAACAUUCCAAAUCUCCAGGGUGCCACUGGAAGCAGCGUGUACUCGAUUCCUAACGCCGAGUUGUUACUCAGCCUCGACCUGUCCGUGGUUGAGUUCCCUCGUGAAAACCUGAGAUUUGUUGAGGUGCUGGGAGAGGGACAGUUUGGGGAGGUUCACCUUUGUGAAGCGGUUGACAUCGAUGACUACAUCCAGGAAGACUGCCAAGUCAACCGGUACCUCAACCGGCCCAUCCUGGUUGCAGUUAAGAUGCUUAGGAAGGAGGCAGACGACAGGGCCAGGGCAGACUUCCAAAAGGAGAUAAAGAUCAUGUCCCAGCUGAAGGACCCCAACAUUGUGCGUGUUCUUGGGGUGUGUAUCAGGGAGGAGCCGCUGUGUAUGAUUGUGGAGUACAUGAAGUAUGGAGACCUCAACCAGUUCCUGCUGGACCACGUACCCGAGUCUCCCAUGGCAGAGGCAACCCACGCAAAGACGUUAAGCUAUGGUUGCCUGAUCUACAUGGCGUCUCAGAUCGCCUCAGGUAUGAAGUACCUGGAGUCUCUGAACAUGGUGCAUCGUGACCUGGCCACCCGCAACUGCCUCGUGGGCACAAACUUCACAAUCAAGAUUUCAGACUUCGGCAUGAGUCGGAGUCUGUACAGCGCUGAUUACUACAGAAUCGAGGGUCGUGCUGUGCUGCCCAUUCGAUGGAUGGCUUGGGAGUCUAUAUUACUGGGCAAGUUUACGACAAGGUCAGACGUCUGGUCUCUAGGAGUAACCCUGUGGGAAAUACUUACCUUUGCACGCGACCAACCGUAUGAUGUCAUGAACGACGAACAAGUGAUUGAGAAUGCGGGGCACUACUACCGCAAUGACAAUAAACAAAUUUACCUACCACAACCUGUGAACUGUCCCAAGGAAAUCUACGACCUCAUGCUCGAGUGUUGGAAUCGAACGGAGUGCGAGAGGCCGAGUUUCCGCGAAAUCCAGAUGUUUCUACAGCGCAAGAACAUGGGCUACAACCCGAAGGAUGAAAAGAUGAACCAGAUAAAGGUCCCAAUUUGCUGACUAACCGCCCACAAGGAGUCGGGAGAGGGUUCAAUCUCCAAGCCGAGUAAUUUUCAAUCAGAAUGCGGUCGAAAAAAUGUUGCUCCAUUACGUUCAAGUUUUGUUGAACAAGAUUGCAGUAGAAAAUUGAAAAUUGCAGUUGUUGCUCCAUUGCGCACAAGUCGCGACUCGAUUUCUUGUUUCAUUGGUCAGCCAUUUUCGGAGCUUCCUAAUUUUAAUGAAGCUGAUUUGGAUCCAAGGACUGUAACAAUGAUGAACUGCGAUCACAAACUAUUUGAAUACAGCGAUGAGGAUGUUUCUGAAACGGAGAACAAGGACGUUGUGGACGUUCUGCUACGCAAUUCACUUUCAGAAAAUCCAAAAGUUUCGUUAAAAGGGAAGACAGCUGUUAGAAAGGGUGAUAGUGAAGCAGAGUCUGCUGUCAAACCAGCCUGGACUGGAAUAAUCUCUAAACCAUGUCCUGUGGUAGUCUCUAAACCAACUGUGCAAAAGGGAACAAACUAUAUUCCGGCUUGAAACUCAGAUAUUAAUUUAAUCUGACAAUUCCCUCACAAGUUGUACCGGUGUAUACCGGUACUCAAAAUGUCUGCAGUUUUUCAUGAUUAAAAGGCAGAUUUCUCACAAAGAACUUGUUGUGCAUACCAGAGUCUAGUGAAAAAUGGGUUUGUCAUUUUCUGCAAGAUAAAGUUGCAAAUGUCUUACAACAGAUUACAUGUUUGCAUUUGUAAUUAAAUAAAUGCUUUCCUGUAAACUUUGGUUACAAGAUUGCAGUCAGGAACGUAAGACAUGUGCACACUAGUGUGGUCUAAUUGACAAAGGAAUGUGAAAAGUAUUACUGUAAGGAAAACAUUGUAUUAAUGAGGAUCGUUACAUCCAGUUAAACAUUGGGACAGAUCCUCCCAAUGGUACGGGGUGUGUGCAUGUCUGCACAUAAUUACAGAGAACACUUCAGUGUGCAGAAAGCUGCGUACAUUUGCAGGCUUUGUAUUUUAUGCCGAUUUUUUUUUUGUAGACACAAGAUGGCACUUUGGAUUCCAGCCAAGGAUAAAAGUUUUGUUUCUUCUUGAAAUUUGAGCAUGAAAGUGUCACAUAUAUCUGCUAAAUAUUUCUUGUCAGAUACAGUAAUUCAAAGUUCAUAUGAAUUCUGACAUAUUUGUUAUUUUCAUCAUGUGUUCAGACAUAGAAAUCGGAUUUGAGAUUUAACUAGACUGAUCACUGUUCAGCUAUGUUGAUUGUUUGUGUGAAAUAUUUCCUUUUGACGACAGAUUCUUUCUAGAUGUUUUCUGAAGAAAAAAAACAAACAGAUUGGUUCCUUGCAUUUAAAGCGAUGUCUGGACAUGACAUUGAGCUUGCAUUGCUUGUCAUUUGUAGUAUAAUCAUUUUGAAUCAUAAUUCAGCCCAUUAAUGUUUUGAAAUCAUUUUCUCAUGUUGCAUAAAAGAUUUGACGUUAUUUCAAGCAACCAGGCUUUUAUAAAGGUGUCUUGAAGCCAACUUUGAUGUAUUCUGACACACAGUUUGUCAUUCAAAUUGUCCAUGUUGAUGUUGUAAUGAGAUUUCAAGUCAUGCUUUAAUUAUGUUCUUCUUAAAUAAAGAUUUAUAAAACCUCACAUUAAAAUUAAUGUACUCAUUUAGGCUGGUGUUUAUGAAGGCUUACAGAAUAGAGAAAAUCUCAGUAUGAUAUUUAAGUUCAGUGGUUUGUUUGGUUUACAGUCAUAACUUUAAAGUACCCAAUAACAAUUAUUGAAAUAAUUUACACAGGUGUGAUAUUUAUAGUGUCCUAUAUUAAUUUUGUCUAACAUUAGAUUGAUUGAUUUAUUAAUGUCAGAAUUGCAGUUUAUUUAUAAAAUUUAUUAUUGGCACCAAUCAUGAUACUGUUCAUAUGAAUUAUUGACAUUGUCAUCAGUUUAACAAUUGAAUGAUUUAAGUAAAUGAAAAAAAAAUUCAGAUGUUCAUGAAUUAUUUAACAUGGUUGUUGUACACAACCAAAUUACAUUAUAUAUAUGUUUUGUAUAUAUUGAUGUGAAAUUGUACAAAUGUAUAUAGUCAUAGUGUUGUUCUAUUGAUAACAGAAUUAAAUUGCUUCUUGUAUGUGCCACCUUCCAGCAUUUAUGAUUUGAAAUAUAAUUUAAUGUAUACAAAAAUACAUGCAUUUCUCCACUUUAAUGAACUAUCUCUUUAAAUAACUGUUUGGUUAGGAAGGACAACAUAGUCACUUCUUUUUGUUAAUGUAAAUUAAUCUUCAUUAUACCAGAAAGUAGCUUGUCUAAUUUUAAGAGUUUAAUUCAUAUGAAAAAUUUAAAUUCAAUACUGAAAGAGUAAUUGAUUGCACAAAUUUAAGUCAAAGAUUGGGAUAUGGAAAGAUCCAGUCAUUGUCUCAAUACAAUAUAGUUUUCCUCUUUGACAUUCUUAUAAUUUUCAAUGUUUCAAGUUUGCAGGUGAUUAGAUGCAUACAGCCUAUAUCUCCACAAAAGGCAGGAAGAAUGUAUUUAUUAAAAUAGUUAACUGUUUUAACUGCUUGCCAAUGGUUCGGUGUAAUUAAUAUAAUUUUGCACUAAAGUUUACUCACAAUUUAAUAUGAAAUUUAGUAACAUUAGUGGGAAUAAAACUUGGAGUCAAUGAUGUGACUAAUUCAUUUACUUUUUUUUAUCAAAAUGUUCAUAUACUUUGUGUCGUAUUAAUUUGUGAUUGUACAUUGUAUUGACAUUUUCUAGUCAUUUUGGUUUCAAUGAAAGGAAUUUUUAGCUCGCAUUUUACUGAAUAGCUUUUGUUUUAUCUACAAAUUGUGAACAAUAUUUUAUAGUAACUGUGUUGCUGUUCUUGCUGUAGGAAUUUAUGAGAUUAGUUGAAAAAACAACAUUGUAAUAUUAUGCAUAUAAGGUGCAUAUAUUUACAUAAUUAUUAAAACAUAUGUUUGCUACAAUAACAUGUGAAAGACGUAUGUGUUAGUUAAAAAGAAAAAUGGUAAUUUAGUCACUUCUUUGUCACAAGGGAAGUAAUUCUUUAAUGUAUGAUUAAACUACAUGGUUGUCUCCCAUGGAUUGUAAAAAAAAGAAUCACAUUUUUUGCGUUUUGCUCAUUUUCUGCACAAUUGUAUUUGUUAACAAUGUUGUGUCAAUCCUUUUGUGUACAUUUUGUAGUCAUUGUUUCUCUCAAGUCUAUUUUAACCAAUGGCAUUGAAUAACUUCAAAACUUUAUAAACAUAACUUGAUAACUAGACACAAAAUGCAAGUCUUUGUAAAGACAUAAAGACUAUAACUUUACUGGUCAAAGAUUCAUGAACCAUCUUAGCCCUUUCCCACUUUGAAGCAACUUCACAAUGGCUAUGUGCAAACAGCAUAAAACCAGAACAACCUGGUAACUCACAGUCUGUUCAGGUUGUAUGCUUUUUUGCUGUUGUUCAGUAUCUAAGGUUUUGAGAUGAAGCCUUAAAAACUUGAAUCUGGUUAGAAAGGUCUUAAAUUAGAUAUAUAAAUAUUUUAGGGACUUCAAAUGCACAAAAAUACGUAUCUAAGUGUUAGAGGUUUAAUUCAGUUAUUUAAUGUGUCCAGAAUCUCAUAAAAAUACAAGUGUACAUAUAUUGUUUCAGUAUUUGUCUACUAAAUAUACGCACUUGAAUUAAGUGUAUAUGUAUUUUCAAACACAUUUUAUAUGUUUUAGCUUAUCAUUUCAAAUGCAUAUAUAUGAUAAAUCUUUCUUAACAGACAUAAUGUACAUCAAACUUAGUGCUGGCUCUGUAAACAUAUUUCCUAUGUUCGUCCGUCUGUAUGUGUUCAGUGUUUGCCCUCCUAUUGUGUAUGAAUCUGCGGGUGACCCAGCCCAGAUUUCCACGUCUUGA